UUUAAACGUUUUUGUGAAUUAUUUGUGUGUGAAAAUAUUUUUUGUGGCCGUUAUGUUGUGUCCUGAAGGAGUGCAUGUUCCCAAUGAUAAUUUAGAUAAAGAAGAAGAAGAAACUGAUAGAAAGAAAACCAAAAAGAUUCCGGGUGAAGGUAGUGGAAGCUUAGAGCUACAUUCUUUCAAAAAUCCAAAGACUUGGAAAAAAUCUAUUACAAAUUUCUUCCGACAUCAAUUGAGAUCAACAAAAUCGAAUGAUGGUGAUCGUCCGUCUGGAAGUAAGGAAAGUUUUGAAGAUAAAGAUAUAAGUCCUGAGCAAAAAUGGCAGUCUUUAGGAAAGGUAUUUAGACGCCAAAGUUUUGUUGAGCAUUGGAACAAAUCUACAAACCAGCAAGGGGAGUGUUCAUCACCGAGCAAAAGACUAGCCGUGAGAAAAGUACUAUCCAAUUAUUUUGGGAAAUCUCAAAAGUCCGUUCCAGAUGAUAAAUAAUUUUAUUUCUGUAGUCUCUUACUUAAUUUAAUAAACAAUAAAAUAUUUUAAACUAAUUGCUAUAUGUAGUACAUUAUUAUUGACCUUCUAAUUUAAUAAGUAAUGAUAUCUAAAAGUAGGUAUUUAGGUAAAAGUUUUCCGAGGAAUCUGUUAAGUGGUAAAC